AUGGGGCAAAAGGACUCCAAGCCGUCGUAUAACUCUGGGAAUUCAUCCAACGGGUACAACUCGAGGUAUGCAAACACGCCCUCCAGUUACAGCCCGAGGUAUGCCUCUUCGGCGGGUAACAACGUGCAGCAGCCAGAAGCACAGGCCAGGCUGCAGAGGAAGUAUUCCAGGAUCGGUGACGACUACCGUUCCGUCAGUCAAGUGACUGAAGCUUUGGCUCAGGCAGGCCUCGAAUCUUCAAAUCUUAUUGUAGGCAUUGAUUUUACAAAAAGUAAUGAAUGGACAGGUAAAAUUUCCUAUAACCGCCGCUGUCUACAUGAUAUUGGAAACACUCCAAACCCAUAUGAGCAAGCCAUAUCUAUUAUUGGAAGGACACUUUCAGCUUUUGAUGAAGACAAUUUGAUUCCCUGCUUUGGAUUUGGUGAUGCAUCAACUCAUGACCAGGAGGUAUUCAGCUUUUAUCCAGAGAACCAACCAUGCAAUGGAUUUGAAGAGGCAUUGGAAAGAUACAGAGAAAUCGUUCCAACUCUUCGAUUAGCUGGACCAACAUCUUUCGCUCCAAUAAUUGAGACAGCAAUUGGGAUUGCAGACAGCACCGGUGGUCAAUAUCAUGUUCUUCUGAUAAUUGCUGAUGGACAGGUUACUCGAAGUGUGGAUACACAGUCUGGGCAGUUAAGUCCGCAGGAGCGGGAUACCAUUGAUGCUAUAGUGAAAGCUAGCCACUUUCCCUUGUCUAUUGUUCUUGUUGGGGUCGGUGAUGGACCAUGGGAUAUGAUGCAUAAGUUUGACGACAACAUACCUGCUCGGUCAUUCGAUAAUUUCCAGUUUGUGAAUUUCACGGAAAUUAUGUCAAAGAGCAUAGCAGCUGAUAGAAAAGAGGCUGAAUUUGCGUUGUCAGCAUUGAUGGAAAUCCCUACGCAGUACAAAGCAACACUUGAUCUCCAACUCCUUGGGUAUUCUAUGUUUUUUCAACCUCAGAGUCAAGUAGAACAAUGCUUUGUGCUUGCAGAGACUAUAUUGCCAUCUGACCACUUUCUUCGAUUCUUCCUCUGUUUCAGCCGUCGCCAAGGAAUACCUCCAAGAGUUCCUCUGCCUCCACCAACAAGGACUCCUUAUUCACGGUCUACUAGCUUUGACCAACAGUCUGGUGUUUAUUCACGGUCUAGCAGCUUUGGUCAACAAACAAGUGGGUUUCAGCAAUCAGACAAUUUCAAACAGCGACAGCAUGGAGCUACAAGGAGGCCUGACAGUUAUUCAUCAGAAAGUUCACAGCCUGCGGCUUCAAGGAUACCCGACACUUAUGCAUCAGAAAGUUCAGAAAGCACACUUCAUGCGCCAUAUGUAUGGAUAAAUCAAAGGAUCUUGCAUUUGGAUGUGGACAUCAGACUUGCUAUGACUGCGGGAAAAAUUUGGUGCGCUGCCCUAUGUGCCAGCAGCACAUAA